UUACCCACCACCGCGCGACGCGAAGAGCCUUCAAAGGUUCCUUGGAAUGGUCGGUUUUUAUCGGCAGUUCAUUCCAGGGUGCGCUGGACUCACACGGCCACUGAACCUGCUGCUCCACAAAGGUUCAAGAUGGGCCUGGGGCGGAGAACAAGAGAAAUGCCCCCCGGAGGAACCAGAAUGGGCGGCGCCAUCCGGGAAGGCGACCUUCCACUUCCCGGGAUACCGGCGGAGCCAGCUGGCCCAACUCCCAGGGUGGUCAACCCUUCCGGCAGAAGACCAGUCAGCCCAACGCACCGGGUGGCCAACCCGUUCGGCAAGAGAAUGGCCAGACAAGCCGACAGGGUGGUCAACCCGGUUGGAGGGGGAACGGCCAGACCAACCAACAGGGUGGUCAACCCGGUUAGCAAGGAGCAAGACGAACCAACCGUCAGGGUGGUCAACCUGGUUGGCAGAGACGGGGUGAGCAAUCCCGACGUCGACCACGUCAACGAAGGCAGGGUGGCGGAGACGCGGAGGACCGGAGAGUCCCAGGGACACGCUGAAGGACGAGGUGCUGAAGACUAUGCCGGUGCAGAAGCAGACGCGUGCCGGCCAGCACACCCGCUUCAAGGCCUUUGUGGCCAUUGGGGACUUCAACGGCCAGUGCUCCAAGAGCUCCAAAAAGGUGCCAGUCCUGCCAUGUGCUCCCAAGAGGUGGCCACGGCCAUCCUUCAAGCCAUCAUCCUGGCAUAG